CUAAUGAGGCUGGGGCGGCGUGACCGCUGCGGCCCUGCCCGGCCCGGGCCUGCGUCAGCGAGGGCCUUAUAAGGGCUUUGGGGGUGGCGGAGAUAGGCUGCGCCUCGCUCAGGACAGAACAAGACGGGUACGGGCGGGACCUGCCAGGAGACCGGAGGGGGAGUGGGGAGAUGGCCGGAGCGGCUGAGCAGGACUUGUGUCCCCUACAGGUGAUGGAGAACCCCAAGAGCCCAGGGCGCCGCCGGUGCGGGCUGCUGCUGUUACUGCUGCUGUUGCUGCCUGGGAUCCCUGGCACCACCGGGGCUGUUUUGCCCCGCCCUGAAAGCCCCAGCCCCUGGCUCCCGUGGGCCCCGCCUCCAGCGUCUCUGACCCUUCGGGACUGGAGUCUGCAGCUGACUGGGGAGGCAGGCCCGGCCCGGGCCCCCGAGCCCCGCCCCCAGACCGAGCCCGGCCCCCAGAACCCUGCCCCGAGCGCCGGACCCCAACGGCGCCUGGUGGUGGCGGACGACGCUGCGUUUCGAGAGCGGGCGCGCCUGCUGGCCGCCCUGGAGCGGCGCCGCUGGCUCAACUCCUACAUGCACAAGCUCCUGGUGGUCAGCGAUGCGGCCGCCAACUGA